AUGCCAAUACCCGAUGGACCAUGGAGGGACGUAUCAAUGGAUUUCGUUACUGACCUUCCGGAAAGCGAUGGAUAUAAUGCGAUAUUGGUGGUAGUGGAUCGACUAACCAAGAUGCGACAUCUGAUCCCUACAACUAAAGAGGCGGAUUCAAAAGGAGUAGCGAGGUUGUAUAUCGAUAAUGUUUGGAAAUUACAUGGACUCCCUGAAACUAUGGUAUCUGAUCGAGGAACACAAUUUGUUGCGGAAUUCUGGAGGUCCCUUUGCGAUCGUUUGGAAAUAUCGCCAAAAUUCUCUACAGCGUUUCACCCCCAGACGGAUGGACAAACGGAAAGAAUCAAUGCUGUGAUGGAACAAUACCUUCGAAGUUAUGUUUCUUAUCAACAGGACGACUGGGUUCGAUGGUUGCCAAUGGCCGAGUUUGCAACAAAUAACCAUGCUUCGGAAACGACGAGAAUCUCUCCAUUUUAA